AGGACCACAAGGCAUAAACCAAACACAGAAAAGCAGGAGGGCUGGCUUUGGACUGAAACACCCUGUUUCUGUUGUGAAACACUGCUGUAGAUCUGUCCUGAUACAAUUCCCUCUAAGUUCAAAGGUUGCUGGAGCUCAGUGGGAGCAGAGCAGAGCAGAUCUGAAAGAAUUAAAAGAUGGAGCAUGUCACUUUCCCACCACUGAACAGAGUUGCCAUUUGUGGUGGCACCCAUGGAAAUGAGAUGUCUGGAGUGUACAUGGUGAGAGAGAUGCAGAAACAGAAGGAAGAUCAGGCUGGAUCUGUUUCAAUAACCACCAUCAUGUCAAACCCAAGGGCUGUGGAUGCUUGUAGAAGAUACAUAGAUACAGAUCUCAAUCGCUGUUUCACAGAUGCCUUGUUGAGUGCUCCUAUAACAGACUCCACACCCUAUGAGUUGAGGCGAGCCAGAGAGCUGAAUGAUCAGCUUGGACCCAAAGGAAGUGAAGGGGCUGUGGAUCUGCUCCUUGACCUCCACAACACUACCGCCAACAUGGGCCUGUGCCUCAUCUUUUACUCCAUAGACUGGGUCACCCUGCACAUUUACAAAUACAUACAGAGCAAGAUGACCACCCCUGUGGAAGCAAUCCAGUUGGACAUAUCCAUUUCCAAGGCUUAUUCCCUGGAGUCAGUGGGCAAACAUGGCUUUGCGCUGGAAGUCGGUCCCCAACCUAAUGGUGUGGUCAGAGCUGAUAUCUUUAACAUGGUGAAGGAGGCAGUGGAUCUCACAAAAGAGUGGCUUCAGCUAUUCAAUUCUGGAGAGACAUUUGAAGAAGGUGAAGUAGAGGCGUAUGUUCCAGUGAAGACUGUUGACUACCCAAGGGAUCCUGUAACCAAUGAAAUUACUGCUUCCAUACACCCACAGCUGCAGGACAAUGACUUCAAGCUUCUCCAACCAGGUGAUCCAACAUUUCAGUCAUUUUCUGGGGAGACAAUGAGGCACGAGGGAGAAGCAUUCUACCCUUUCUUUGUAAACGAAUGUGCCUACUAUGAGAAGAAGAUUGCUUUCAAUUUAGGCAAGAAGAUCACCCUUGCCUUACCAUCCAUUAGUGUGAAAAAAGACUGAAACAUAGUUAACAAAGAAAGAACAAGUUGUACUGUAGCCAAAUUUUAGAUUGCAGUGGCAUAAUGAAUGAAGAGCACUGUAUGUAUAACUUUUUUAUAAACCAUCUCAAAUAAGACAAUGGAAAAAGUAAUGAAAUAGUGAUUCUAUACAGGUGCCACAACUAAUUACAUGAUGACUCUUUACACUGUAAUGAUAAUCUAAUGCAGCACUCUGCACGAGUACAACCUCUGUGAGGCUUUAAAAGGGGCUUUUUUGAUACCAAAGAUGUUUUUGUACUUGAAUUAAUAAUAUUGCACAGGUAUUGAAGUCAUGAUCCUCCGCUGAAUUUUAUGAAAACUAGAACCAAGAAUUUUUAAAUGGUGGAAAUAAUGCAAGACACCAUGUGUGAAUAAAUGUUUACUCACUUAAGAGUAUGACAAAAUGUUGUUUUUUUAUGAAAUUGUAUGAACCUACAAAAGCUGAUUUUUUGUGCUCAGUCUCUUAAGAAUGUAUUUUUCAGUCUCCAUAUCUGAAGCUUUUAUUUAUUCAGUUACUGUUAGUUUGAAAUUGACAUUGGCUUUUUACUGUCUUCGUCAGGGUGAAGAUAAUUAAAUAAACACACUUGUUACUCCA